AUGACAAAACGUAUAAAAAAUGAAGAAAAAUCAGAAAAUCCAAAGGACUCUGCAAUGGAUGAACCAAAUCUGAAAGGAGAUUGGUUAAACUUCUACUUUUUGAUAUUACUUUAUACUUUUCAAGGAACAACUUCAGGUUUGUCCUACGCUUUUCCUAUAAUUCUUCAAAAUACGAAAUUUGUAACAUAUAAUGAUCAAGCUAUAUUAAGUUUUGUACUAUGGCCAUUUAGCUUUAAACUUUUAUGGGCACCAGUAGUAGACGCAUUACAUUUGCAGUGGAUAGGGCGAAGGAAAUCAUGGUAUAUCCCUAUUCAAUUAUUAAUCGGGGCACUGUUUCUUUUUUUCGCCGAUAACAUCGAUGACUGGUUACCCGAGUCAGGUAAACCAAACCUCAAUAUGAUCGUAUGCGUACUGUUUCUCAUUAAUUUUUUAGCUGCGACUCAGGAUAUAGUAGUCGAUAGUUGGGCAUUGAGUUUGUUGAAAAAAAAUAAUGUGAGUUAUUCAUCCACGUGCAAUAGCACGGGUAUAGCAUUCGGUUUGUAUAUUGGCUCCGUUUGUCCAGUUCUUCUUUCAUCUGAGUACUUCUGCAACAAAUACUUAAGAUUCACCCCAGACGUAGGAGGAAUAUUAAGCAUCAAAAGUUUUCUAUUAUUUUGGGGCAUAGUGUUUUUGUUUGUCACUGUUUUAAUUAUAUUUAAAAAAGAAAGAAACAGCGAAUUAGAAGAAGAUGACCAAAUUAAGAUCGAUAUUAUUCAGAGUUAUAAACUGUUGUGGGAUAUUUUCAAAAUCAAACACAUGAAAUUAUUAUUAAUGGCUAUCUUGACUUCUAUGAUUGGACUGUGUACAUCAGAAUCCGUCACAAAUUUGAAACUUAUUGAUGCUGGUGUAUCCAAAGAUGACAUUAUGAUAAUAACUACAGCUAUGUUUAUUCUGAAAAUGUGUCUACCGAUUUUUGUAACCAAAUACACUACGGGCCCGAAACCGAUAAGUUUGUAUUUAAAACUGAUGCCAGCCAGAUUGAUUUGGAGUAUUUUUUUUGCUUUGUUGAUUUAUUACACUCCAAAUGUAAUUCAAAGUAAUGAAGUGCCAAUGUAUUAUUAUUUAGUUAUGGGACUUGUAUUUGCAGUAAACAGGAUAUUGGCUCAAAUUAUGGUAACCUGUAUGGUAGCUUUUUUCUCGCGUAUUAGUGACAUUCGGUUCGGAGGCAUGUACAUGACAUUGCUAAACACUGUUCGCAGCAUAGGAUGGGUAAUACCAAAUACAUCGUUUCUUAAGAUGGUCGAUACGUUGACGUUUAGUUCGUGUUCGAAUGAUGUCACAAAUAGUUGUUCUACGCCAGAUUUAAAGAAUAUAUGCAGAAUAAACGAUGGAAAGUGUGACACAAUUGUGGAUGGCUAUUAUGUCGAAGUAGUAAUUUGUCUGAUUAUUGGAUUUGUUUGGUAUGCCGUUUACAAAAGGCAUCUUAAAUUUUUUGAAUCAAAGGAUCGUUCUCAUUGGUUAUUAGAUUAUAACAGACCAGGGAAUGUUUAAGUUUCCUUCGCUUCAUAUAUCUAACGAAUAUCUAUAUACACGUACAAUAUUAUAUCAUACCUAUAUAAAGGAUAAUUUAUGUUUAAAACCUAACACUAAUUUAAUAUUGUAUGUAUAGUUACUUAAAGUAAUACUUUUGUAAAUGCUAAUUUUGUUAUAUAAUUUAUUUGAAAUUGAAAUAUUUUAAUGCAAAUAUAUGAUUGUUUUAAAUAUCGA